CUCUAAAACACCGAGCGCCCAUAAGUCGCGACAGCAAGAUCCAUUACAAGCUGAGAGGACAUGUCAUAAGAGGGCUGGGACCAAUUGAAGCCCUCACACAACAUCAAGUAGUUACUGAAAGAGAUGAGAAAAGGGUCACCACUUUGCGGACGAUCUCGUCAGAACCGAGCCACAUCACAGAAGAAAAUGAAGGAAGCGAGGUGGACAACAAUCAAACAAUUGUCAAACUCCUUGAGGCCGGAGAAACGAUUACCUCCAUGUUCCGAUGUGCUACGAUCCAGGGCAUGGACACUGCAGAAGGACUGUUCCUAUUUGGAAAAGAACAUUUCUAUGUAGUAGACGGUGUGACGUUACUAUCCACUAAAGAGAUCAAGGAUAUUGACUCACUACCACAAGGGACACACGAUCCCAUCAUUCCAAACUCCUCUCAUGACAAGCAUCGAUCGAGCACCAAAGAACGAAUGUGCAGCAAGUGGGCUUAUGGAGACAUCCGAGAGGUCCACAAAAGGCGCUAUCUUUUCCAGGAGACAGCUCUGGAAGUAUUUUCCAGUGACGGGCGGAAUCAUUUUCUUGUUUUCCCCAAACCUGUGAGAAGUAAAGUUUACGAUAAACUCGUGGCCAAAGCAUCAACUCUCCGUGAGAACGCCGAGGAGUCGGUUGUGGGUAUGAAAAGAGACACAGAUGUAGAGGCCGGGCUGGGUCUCAUUCACACAUUAAUGGGUGAAAGAUCCGUCACGCAGAGAUGGGAGCGUGGUGAAAUAACCAACUUCCAGUACCUGAUGCACCUCAAUACCUUGGCCGGCCGCUCGUAUAAUGAUCUGAUGCAAUAUCCCGUCUUCCCUUGGGUGCUUGCUGAUUACGACUCAGAGGAGCUGGAUCUUAACAACCCCAAGACUUUCCGCGUCUUCUCCAAGCCAAUGGGAGCCCAGUCUAAGGAUAGACUGAUGCAGUUCCAGAAGAAAUACAGAGAGUGGGAAGAUCCUACGGGUGAGAUUCCGCCGUAUCAUUAUGGGACACACUACUCGUCGACUAUGAUAGUGGCGUCCUACCUUAUUAGACUUGAGCCGUUUACGCAGCAUUUUCUCAGAGUUCAGGGAAAUUUUGAUCUUCCUGACCGUUUGUUUCACUCGAUCAGAGACGCAUGGAUCUCCGCAGCGCAAACCAACAUGGCGGACGUCAAGGAGCUGAUUCCAGAGUUCUUCUAUCUCCCGGAAUUCCUCACAAACCACAACAAGUUCGAACUGGGAACCAAGCAAAACGGCGAAGUCCUAGGUGAUGUUUGUCUGCCAACAUGGGCUAAGGGUGAUCCGCGGGAAUUUAUCCGGCUUCAUAGAAAGGCUCUAGAGUGUGAUUACGUCAGUGCUCAUCUCCACGAGUGGAUUGAUUUGAUCUUUGGAUACAAACAGCAGGGUCCUGCCGCUGUUGAAGCCAACAAUGUGUUCUACUUCUAUUAUUACGAGAGCAAUGUUGAUUUCCAUCGCAUUGAUGAUCCAAUCAAGAGAAAAUCAAUCAUUAGUAUGAUCGACAACUUUGGACAAACUCCAAAACAGCUCUUCAAACGUCCCCACCCUCCCAAGAGAGUGUUUCGUAGCGUGGAGUCCGACUCCCAGACCGGUGCGUUGGUCAAUGUCGAUCGACUGUUUUUUCACAAUCUGCCUAACUUAGUGCCUUCAGCUCAGCCUGUCAAAGAGCUGAAAGGUCCUGUGGGACAGAUGAUUCAAACUGACAACCGGGGGCUUCUGGCCGUGGAGAAAAACAAAGUCUUGGUUCCGCCUCAUAACAACCGCUACAUCGCCUGGGGGUUUGGUGACUCGAGCAUGCGUACUGGGUUCUAUGAAACAGAGAGGGAUCAGACAUGUAUUGUUUGGGACUUGAGCAAAUUGACUUACGUCCGACAGUUGUCUCAACACAUGGCACCAAUCACUGCCAUAGCUAUCAAUGAUCUAACGGGAGAUAUCGCGACUUGCGCCGGAACAUAUCUCUACGUUUGGUCCGUCAACGGGCAGCUGAUUGUGAAAGAGAACACUUCAUUACAGAACACCAACCACAUACAAUGCUGUGCCAUGUCCGAGCUUUCUGAAUGGGAUGAGGAAAAUGUUAUUCUCACGGGCUCUAUAGACGGUGUCGUAAGGAUGUGGGGGAUCGAAUUCUACGACGAGUCGGCGAAAACCCGCCGAAGUAUGAAAUCAGUAUCUCCGAAAACUGACGAAACUCCGUCAAAGAACUCGGAACUAAAAGGUAAAGAUGCAGAGGACGCACCACAGGAGACUGGGACUGAGGAAUUAGUAACGGAAUCGUGUUCGGAUCUAGACUCCUCUCUAAAGCGCGAAAACGCGUCGGCCGAUCAGAUCCCGCAGCCCAACCAGUCAGUUGUUACCUCUGAACAAGCAGACCUUCGACCUGAAUUGGCAAAAGAGACUUUGGAGGAAAAACUCAGCGAUCACGUGAGGCCUACGGCAGCAGAGGACGUUGAGUUGACUGAAGUAGUGGAGAUGAGACGUCAUAUGACACCUAACCUGCGUGAUGAAAGUAUAGAAGAGGAGUACGUCAUAAUUACCCAUAAGAGAAACUGCGAGAGUAAAGACUUGCCUAAACCAGUGUGGAGAAGACGCCUGGUGCUCAGACAUAAGCUGACAAUGCACACAGCGUUUGCCAGAGAAGACAAUUCAGCUCCAGCGGUCAUUACAUCUUUACUUGUGUCGAAGGAUCAUCGCAAGUUAUUUGUUGGAGAUUUCCGAGGACGGAUCUACAGUUGGUCUGUGACUGACGCCGCAGGUCGUAUGGCUGACCAUUGGGUGAAGGACGAAUUUGCUGACAUUUGCACAGGUUGUGGCAUUAGGUUCAAGUUCAUUGAGAGGCGCCAUCACUGCAGGGAUUGUGGGAAGGUUUUCUGUGCAAGAUGCAGUAGCUACGAGUCAGAGAUCAGCCGUCUUGGGAUCCAUGCUCCCGUCCGCGUGUGUCACUCGUGCUACAAGAAACUGAAAAAAGCAUCCAAGAAGGCCAAGAGCUAACGUUCAGUUCUUGGUCAUUCCUACAUUCCAAAUUCAAUUCUGUAUCUGGACGUGCCUCUGAAUAAGAUUGCAGAUACAAACUCACCAAUCAUGGAAAAUACUAUUGAUGUGAUUACAACAGUAAUCAGUAUCUGAGCAACUGCCCACCUACCCCUCUCCUAACCCAAAAUUAACCCUUAGUUGUUAUCAGUUGACUGUUGUUGGGUUGAGGGAGGGGUUGGGUGUGUGCAGUUGCUCAGAUACUGACACUGAUCUGUCACAUCAUUAGAAGGAAGGCAAUGGAAGCAGAAGUAUUUUUAUCAUUUUUUUUCCUAUUUUUUUGUUAUUACCAUUGAGAAUAUAAUGGCAUAACUAUCAUACUCCUUAUAUUUGACAUGAAGAGGACAUUUCUGUCACACAAGGUCAUUAGAAGGCAUGACAAGAAUUCUUGAAGAGACCACUACACAAAGAGAGCAAUACUUUUAGUCCUGUUUGGGUCAGAAUUGUUCUGUUCAACCCUUUAACUCCAUGAAGUGAUUAACAUGAAACUUCUCCCUAUAAUAUCCUUACAUUAUCCAGCAAACAGGUAAUGAGAAUUCUCAAACUUAUCAGGUAGAAUUUGUUAUCCUUAUCUAACACCAAAUUCUCAUAACUAAUUUACGAGGAAAGGUAUAACAGCUAGAAGGGGUUAAAAA